AUGGGGAUCCUCGGAUUCACAUGCCGAGAUGGAGAGAAGUCGAGGAUAGAGAACUACUGCGACGCGUACUGGGAAUGCCGGGACGGGAGACCCCACAUUCGACGAUGCGACCCAGGACUCCAAUUCCAUCAGCGACUCAAGCAGUGUUCCCAUCUGAAGGGUCCAUCUCAAUGCGUUCCCUAUGAAUGCCUCGGUGAGCGAAAUUUAGCAGAGUACUGCUAA